AUAUAAUUAGAACCAGAAGGAACCAGUGCACACAGCUGGAACUCUUCUCCAGGAGCAAAGAGGUGGAAACCAUCUUCAGUUGGAGGGACUCUUCCCGAUUUGGCACCUCCAAGUCAGUGAUGGCUCUCCAGAAGACCCUUUCAUUGCUUCUGCUCUUGCUGCUGACCCUGCUGGGGUUGGGGCUGGUGCAGCCCUCCUAUAGCGAGACCAUGUAUGAACGAUUCCUGCGGCAACACGUGGACUUUCCAGCGACAGGUGGCACCAACUUGUACUGCAACAGGAUGAUGCAAAUACGGGGGAUGACUACCCCUAGUUGCAAGAAAUUCAACACCUUCAUCCAUGAAGACAACAGCACCAUUGAUAGCAUCUGCAUCACCCCCAAUAUCCUGUGCAAGAAUGGCAUGAUGAACUGCCAUGCGGGUGUAGUGAGAGUCACAGAGUGCAGAGAUACAAGAAGAACCCGGCCCCCCAACUGUUCAUAUCAUGGCAGUGCCAGCACUAGGCGUGUUGUCAUUGCCUGUAAUGGUAACCCCCCGCUGCCUGUGCACCUUGACAGAUAGAUACUACCCUGCAGGGGUUAUGGUCCCGUGGUUGACCUUUAACUUACUCCUUGAAUAGCAAUGAGUAAUGCAUUUGAGCUAUCUCAGGCUCUGCCUCCUCUACUUAUGCCUACUUCUUUUUCUCUAUAUAAUCCAUUCCGUUAAAUGAAUAAAAGGGAAUGGAGACAUAAACGUAUAAUGGGACUGGGCUUUCUGUAAUAAAAAUUUUCUAUAGACUCUUCUGCUUCCUUUUAUAAUACUGGUCAGCUUAGCUCUCUCAAAUCCUAUCCUCUGCAAUGUAGUCAUUAUAUGUAUGAUAUAGCAUUACAAGUAUUUUAAGGUGCUUCCAUCUCAGUUAUCUUAUUUUAAUACCACCACACCUCUGUGAUGCUGAUGUGGCUACAUAUAGAGACCAAAGUUAAAGGAUUUGCUGAAGAUCAUGAAGUUAGUGGAAAUGCUGAAGCAAAAAAUCCACUUCAACUGGCUACUAAUCCAGGACUUUUCCUAUCUCAUCACAGGGAGUGCUUU